AUGAAAGUGUAUAAGAUUGCCGUUGACGGGCCUGCAGCAAGUGGAAAAAGCAGCACAUCUGAUCUUGUUGCAAAGAAACUGGGUUUUUCUCAUCUGAUAUCUGGGAAUCUGUACAGAGCCGUGACAUAUGCCCUGGCAAGGCAGUUUGAGAAGGUGUGCCCCAAGGACGAGAAUCAGAAAAAGUUUGUUCUUGGAUUGAACAUAGAGGUAAGAGACAAUAGAGUAUUUAUUGAUGGAAAAGAUGUAUCUGGGCAUCUCCGUGGGGAAAAGAUUGAUAAUAAUGUUGGUUCCGUUGCAAAGGAAAAGUAUGUCCGAGAAAAGGUGUCGGAAAUCCAAAGAUCCACAAUAGAUCUUGAAAAGAAGGGAAUAAUUGUUGAUGGAAGAGACAUAGCUACCGAGAUAAUGCCUGACGCAGAUCUGAAGGUAUUUCUUACGGCAAGCCCGGAGACGAGGGCAAGGAGAAGAUAUAAGGAAAAUGGAUCGGAAUCCUAUGAAAAGCUGCUCGAUGCCAUAUCGAAAAGAGACAAUGAUGAUAGGACAAGAGAACACGGCCCCCUUGUUGCUUCUAGUGGCUCUGUGGUCAUUGAGAACGACGCCAUGACAUUAGAAGAGACAGCAAAUGAAAUCAUAAGGCUUUUUAGAAGAGUUGAGUCCUUUAAUUAA